AUGUAUUCUGAGCAACAACUCAGGCACCUGACUUCAAAGGUGGAGGAGGCGAGUGAUGAGAAUCAAGAUCUGAAACACAAUCUUUCUGAAUUGCAAAAGAAGUAUGCAGUGGCAGAAGAAGAUCUAGAUUGUAUUAAAAGGAAUUUUGAAGAGAAGAACAAGGAGUGCAAGGAUUUUCAAAAAUCCAUUACAAGAUUAUUAAGAACCUGCAGUGAUCAAGAGAAGACAAUUGGGGGGUUGCGGGAAAAAUUUAGUGAGGAAAUUGAGAAGAAGUCAGCAUUGGACAGGUGUGAUAAGCAUGUGACACAAUUGCAAAUGGAGCAAAUGAGGUUGACAGGAGUAGAACUGUCUCUCAGAAGGGAGGUGGAAUCUUGUAGGCUUGAGAUUGAUUCCCUUCGACAUGAGAAUAUAAACUUAUUGAAGCGCUUAAAGAGUAAUAGUGAAGAGAUUAGUGCUUUAACUUUCAAGCUAGAUAAGGAAAUGUGGACACGUAUUUGCUGCCUGCAAAAUCAAGGAUUGUCUAUGCUAAAUGAGAGCACCCAGCUUUCUUCGAAGUUAUUAGAAUACAUCAAAGGGAAAGCGGUCCACUUUCAAGAAACUAAGCAGGGUAUGGAAGUUUUGGGGAAUGGCUUAGAUGGGCAGUUUAUUGUUGAAUCUGAUAUGAAAGUUCAGGGCUUUAAGCGUGGAACUGAAAGCCUAACAAGGAGUUUGCAGACAAUAUCUUCUUUACUUCAAGAGAAGUCCAAUCCUGGUGCUUCAAAAUCUCAGUCUCCAAGGAGUAAUGUCGAUGGCUCUGGGAAACUAAAUCAUCAGACUCCAGAGGAAUCUUUGAGAUUUGAGCUUAAAGCUGAAACUUUGCUUACAAGUCUGUUAAGAGAGAAGCUGUACUCUAAAGAGUUGGAGGUCGAGCAGUUGCAAGCUGAAAUAGCAGCAGCAGUGAGAGGUAAUGACAUCCUCCAAUGUGAAGUCGAGAAUGCGCUGGAUAACCUUGCUUGUGUCACUCAUCAGCUGAAAAAUCUUGAACUUCAGAUACUGAAGAAGGACGAGAAUGUGGGUCGGCUUCAAAGUGACCUCCAAGCAUCUGCUAAGGAAAUAUCAACAACUAGGGGGAUAUUGGCCAAAGUUUCACAGGAGAGAGAUAUGAUGUGGGAGGAAGUGAAGCAGUACAAGGAGAAGAAUAUGCUAAUGAAUGCAGAGAUUAAUGCAUUGAAGAAGAAGAUAGAGACCCUAGAUGAAGACAUUCUUCUCAGAGAAGGUCAGAUCACAAUCUUGAAAGACACCCUAGGUAGCCGGCCUUUUGAUCUCCUUGGCAGUCCUAGUUGCACUCGAGAAUUCUUGCUAGAAUGA